AUGUUCGACUGCAGUAGCGGUGAACGGAAACUACUCGCCAAGCCUCACGGCGACAGUCCUCUAGGCAGAGUCUCUAUAUCCCAGGGUGGUUGGCUGGCCGCACAUCUCCUCAGACCGGAUCGCGUCGCUGCCUUGCCGUCUGGAAAGCCGUGGCAAGUAGCUCCUGAUGCUGAUCUCGCAUAUGUUGCUCGCGGAAUGUCCAUGUACUGUGGCUACUUCCAACUCUUCAAAGACGAUACAGGAGGGCUUUAUUGGCAGACGACAGUCGAGGUCAGUAGCGAUCCGAGUCGUAUUGGUGGGAUUGAGGAACGCAAGGUCAUAUUGCAACAAGAAGGUGGGAAGCAGUAUAUGAUCUUGGAACCGAAGCAGGAUAUGCUGCUUGAUGAUGGAACGAAGACGAGGGCUAUUUUGAAAUGGGAGAAGUUCGAGUAG